CGCACGUGCACACAAACGCACACAGCCUGAGAGAGAGAGAGAAUGGUGGAGAGACACUGACGCGAUCGCGCACUGUAGUAAAGAUAACUGAGGGUACAACGCGCAUGCGCUUCAAAGCGCACACGCUUUUUUAAGUGUACAGUUAAAGAGAGAAACCAGCGUGCACGUUGCACCCGAUGUUUCUGACUGGUGUGCGCACGCGUGUGGAUUUAACCUGCAGUGGCAGAACGCGGAGUGGAGCGCGUGCGCGCGCCGCGGCAAAAGGAAAAUCGAUACGCUGAAAGCCAGCGGAGGAUUCACGCGGACGGAGACCCGCGCGCGCAGAUGCGGGGACGUUUGUACGGCACGAGGCCGGAAUUAUGAAGCUCGGUGGCCAUGUCUAAAGUGACAGCAAAGAAGCUGCACUGGCGCUCCAAGGUGCAGGAGACCUUCGUGCCCCUGGGGGGAGGCAGCAGCGGCGGCGGCGGCUCAGGAGAGCUGGGCUUGGCCAUUGGGGGCGGGGCGGACUAUGGCGAGUUCCCUUUCGUCACCGCUGCCCCUGGGGGCGGGGCCACGGUGGGAGACAUAAUCUUAGAGAUUGGAGGAACACCAGUGCUGGGGUUAACCCUUGGCGAUGUCAGAGGAGUCCUCAAUUCCUGCCCUCAUCCAAUCAGGAUCAAGACUGUUUCACCAGGCUCGUCUCUCUGUAAAGACCUCAGGCUGUACCUCAGUAAGUGUUUCACUCCAGGCUCCAUGGACAGUCAGCUGCAGCAGCUCAUCAGGGAAAACCUUUACCUGCGCGCCGUGCCCUGUACAACCCGGCAGCCGCGGGACGGAGAGAUUUCAGGAGUGGAUUACAACUUUGUCUCCAUUGAGGAGUUUUUCUCUCUGGAGGAGUCUGGAGCUCUGCUGGAGAGCGGCAAGUUCCAAGGAAACUACUACGGGACGCCCCGCCCCGUCCACAUCAGCCCCGAGAGUCCACCAAUCACGUACCAGGAGCACCGCAGCCUGCUGAGGAACUUCCGGACGCGGAGCAAGUCCCUCAGCAACCUGGAGAAGGCUGUGGAGGAGGGAGACAACAGCGAGGAGGACAGCGGGCUGUCAGGCUCGGUCGGAGCUCCACCCACCACUCUGCCUCUCAGCCAAUCAUGGGAGUCAGCGGCUGGGAGUCGAGCAGGAAUGGAGAACGAAGGAGGAGGAAGAGCGAGAGGAGGAGGUCCUCUGCCUGAAAACUGGGAGGUGGCCUACAGCGAGUCUGGAGAGCCGUACUACAUCAAUCACAUGUCGAAGGUGACCAGCUGGGUGGAUCCUCGUGUGCAGAGCAAAGAGAAGGCGUCCUGCUCCGACAUCCCAGAUUUCACGGAGCAGCCCAGCCUGCUGCGCGGAUACUCCAUCCACACUCGGCUCUCCAAAGGCCCUCGAGGUUUCGGCUUCAACAUCGUCGGAGGGAGUCGACCGCAAGAGUUUCUGCAGGUGUACAGCGUCACACCUGGAGGACCCCCCGCUCUGAACACAGCGGACAUCCUGGUCUACAUCAAUGACGCCUGUGUGCUGGGUCGGUCCCACAAAGAGGUGGUGGAGAUGCUGAAGUCCGUCCCAAUGGGCCAGAGUGUGGACGUGGUGCUGAGGAGGGGGUACCCCAUGCUCUACAACCCCGACGGCUGUCCCAAGCAGAGCCUGGAGGCGGCGCAGACUCCCAGUGAGGCCUCCGAUGGAAGCCGAGGCCCCUCCCACCUCACCUACAGCCGCACUCUGGACGCCAACGGCAGCGUGGCAGAUGCUGCACAUAACCCCGCCCCUUUCGCUCCUUUAUUGGCCAACGGAUUGACAGAGCCGGUCACCCCCACAUCCUCCGAGCCAGCGCUCUGUCCUCCUCCUCCCCCAGAGAGGACUCCACCCACCCACAGUGACUCUGAAGGCGGUCCGUCAAACGCCGGAACUCGGAGAUCCUCCCUGGUUAGCUACAGCAGCACCCUCCCCGCCCUACCCUCCUCGUCUCGCCUCCUCCAUCAGAGCUCCAAGUCCUCAGACAGUGACCUGUCCUCUUCUACUCUGCCCAUCGCUUCUCCUUCUUCCUCUCACAUUCUCUCCAAACUCCCCCUAAGUCAGCCGGACACCAGCGCCCAGAACUCCACGACCAGCACCAGUUUUCUGUCCUCCUCCACCCCUCCGGUGCAGCGCUUGCCGAGGACUUUCCCGGCCCCUAAUUCUCCCAAAGACAUCCCAUCGUGCGGCUUUAACGGGUGUCCCGCCAAUCACCAGGCAGCGUCCUCCGCCUCCCGUGGAAACGUAGGGCUACUCCCCCCCGCUGUGACGGGCUCCUCCGGCCCAGGCCUCGCGGGGGAACUCGUACCCGUGGCAGUUGGGCGCAGUGAGAGCGGGGGCCUUGGAUUUAGUGUGUCAACAGGAGGACAGGGGGGCCAGCAGGUGGUGGUGAAGCGGGUCUGGGAUCGCAGGCAGUGUCUGUCGCUGCAGGCGGGAGACGUCAUCGUGAAGAUCAACGGCGCCGACGUGCAGAACCUCAGCUUUGUGCAGGUCCAAAGAGUUCUGCAGGAGCACACCAAACAAGGAGAAGUAGUCCUUCUGGUCUACAGAGGAGGUCCAGUGUCCUCUCUGGUUGUGACCCCCAACCUCUACAAGUCUCAGUCCUCGCAUCUGCUGACCACACCUCCCUCCGCUCAUGCCCCGCCUUCACCUGACUUGCCUUUUCCAUCCACGGGUGCCUUGCUGGGGGGUAUCCCCCCACUCAGCCUGGCUGGUUUGGCCCCUGAAGGUCAACAGAAGGGCUACCAUGCACCUGCAGGGACCCAUCAAGGACCCCCUCCAGCCCAUUCUCCUGAAGGGCCCCCACCCUCAUCCCUCAUCCAGAGUACGAGCUUCCUUGACUCCGUUCCCGUCACUCUAACCCUGGAACCCUGUGACCUGCUGAAGGGGGAAGGUACGGCUGGGGGUCCUCCUCCCACCAGAGGAGGCGGAGCCAUUGGAGCAAAAGAUGGCCGAGAGGGGGCGAGGUCUAAACCGGUGGAGGUGGAGCUGCACAGACGGCAGGGGGAAGGGUUCGGCUUUGUCAUCUCAUCUCAGGAAGUGAGCAAAG